GAGCACGACGGGCAAUCAAAAACCUCACAGCAUCUCUCUCAUCGCAAAGGCUCCGGGAAUCACGGGAAAACGACAGCGGAGCCGGUGAACACCACGACCGCCUUCAGUAACUGGAAUCAGACGUCCGAAAUGCCGUUAGAUUAAACUCGAGACUCGGCUGGUAAAGUCGGUGCGAUAAAUCGGCGUUUGUUGCCGGAAAUCCGAAAUUAUAUCCCGUCAAUAUGUUAAAACGGAAAGAGAGUGUUGAUUAGACGCACAGAGCUGGGAAACAGGUCGUAGAAGUGAAUUCGUGUUUGUUGUUUCAUCUUGUCACCAUAUGCGCUAUGAUGGGAGAAGCUGGCUGACGAUUCCAAACCAGCGUUUUUAACGGACACAUUCAACUAGACUUCAUUUACACAGACGUUCCGUUGGUCGAGCUACGCGCGCGCACAAUUCUUCACUUUUGAGGUUUCGUCUGAAUGUGUCUCGUGUUGGGGUGUUGUCGGGAGAAACCGUGAAACAUUUGCUGCUGUUCUCGGACAACGGAGAAUCUUGUGGUUUAUUCCGAGCUCAGGCUGAUGGAAUUGCGCUGACCAGCGACUUGGAAAACGAGGAAAUACCCAUAGAUCUCCAGUAGCCUACACGUAGACCUCGGAUUUCUUCCUGCGGCUCAUUGCCAGGAUCAACCCUCAUCUGUGUGCUCUCCUCAACUGACCCCAUGAGGACGGCUCAGGGAGAUGGAACGUAACAGACUUCUCACCUUUACUCUCUACAGCAUUUUCACAAUAACCCACCAGGGCUGAGCACAACCUCAGCUCCCCGUCCACCCCAACCCUUCCAUAGCCCCCCAUUCCUGUCCUCCCUCUUCUUGCUCCUUAAAACAACCAAAUAGAACAGGCAGGGUCACUUUUCUUACUCUAGCAGUUUAACUUUCCUUUUCCCUUCACCUUUACCAAUUAAAGUAGAGGCCAAUAAAGCAGCGUAAAACACAACAAGACAGUCAUGUAUUUGCCUCAUGCCUGUAAACGGGAUUUGGGCCAUGCCCACAAUUCAGAGGCCACCCACACAAUAGCUCUCUUCUGGUUGGCACUGUGGAUCACUUUGGCAUCAUGUCAACGCAUCGAUCCCGGCACCAAAUAUCCCACAGUCACCACAAACUACGGCAAAUUGCGUGGGAUUAAAAAAGAGCUUAACAAUGAGAUUCUAGGCCCCGUGGAACAGUAUCUGGGCGUUCCAUAUGCCACAGCUCCAAUUGGAGACCGUCGCUUUCAGCCACCAGAAGCUCCAGGGUCUUGGCAAGAAGUGCGCAAUGCCACGCAGUUCGCCCCUGUUUGCCCGCAGAACGUUCACGGUGUUUUGCCCGAGAUCAUGCUGCCGGUGUGGUUCACCGACAGCUUGGACGUGGCUGCCACCUACAUUCAGAACCAGAGUGAAGACUGUCUCUACCUCAACAUCUAUGUGCCCACAGAAGAUGGUCCACUCACAAAAAAACACGAUGAAUCGACACUCAACCGGCCCCGAGAUGAAGAUAUACGAGACCGUAGGAAGAAACCAGUCAUGCUGUUCAUUCACGGUGGCUCUUAUAUGGAAGGAACCGGAAACAUGUUUGAUGCCAGUGUUCUUGCAGCCUAUGGGAACGUCAUUGUCGUCACCAUGAACUACAGGCUGGGUGUUCUAGGUUUUCUGAGCACUGGAGAUCAGUCUGCUAAAGGUAACUAUGGGCUGUUGGAUCAAAUCCAGGCCUUGCGUUGGCUGAAUGAGAAUAUCGGACACUUUGGAGGCGACCCUGAACGGAUCACUAUCUUUGGCUCUGGGGCAGGAGCAUCUUGUGUAAACCUACUCAUCCUGUCCCACCAUUCUGAGGGUCUGUUUCAGAGAGCCAUCGCUCAGAGUGGAUCAGCCAUCUCCAGCUGGUCCAUUAGCUACCAGCCCUUGAAGUACACUAAGAUCCUGGCCCGUAAAGUGGGAUGCACAUAUGGAGAGACCGCAGACCUGGUGGACUGUCUCCGCAGGAAAAAUUUCAGAGAGCUGGUGGAUCAGGACAUCCAGCCGGCCCGCUACCACAUUGCAUUUGGGCCGGUGAUGGACGGAGACGUGGUGCCAGAUGACCCGGAGAUUCUGAUGCAGCAGGGAGAGUUUUUGAACUACGACCUUCUGAUUGGUGUAAAUCAAGGGGAGGGGCUGAAGUUUGUGGAUGAUGGAGGAACUGAGAGUGAAGAGGGCAUUUCAGCUGCAGCUUUUGACUACACCAUCUCCAACUUUGUGGAUAACCUCUAUGGAUACCCUAAAGGUAAAGACAUCCUGAGGGAGACUAUUAAGUUCAUGUAUACUGAUUGGGCAGACAGAGACAAUGGAGAAAUGCGGCGCAAGACUCUCCUCGCAUUAUUCACUGAUCACCAGUGGGUUGCACCAGCCAUCGCUACUGCCAAGCUCCACGCUGACUACCAGUCUCCUGUCUACUUCUAUACAUUCUACCACCACUGCCAAACAGAGACACGACCCGAAUGGGCAGACGCAGCACACGGGGACGAAAUACCCUAUGUGUUUGGUGUGCCAAUGAUCGGAGCAACAGAUCUGUUCCCUUGCAACUUUUCCAAAAAUGAUGUCAUGCUCAGCGCUGUGGUCAUGACCUACUGGACCAACUUUGCCAAGACUGGGGAUCCCAACUUGCCUGUUCCCCAGGACACUAAGUUCAUCCACACCAAGCCCAACCGCUUUGAGGAAGUGAUCUGGACCAAGUUCAACUCUAAAGACAAGCAGUACCUCCACAUCGGCCUGAAGCCUCGAAUCCGCGACAACUACAGAGCAAAUAAAGUCGCCUUCUGGCUGGAGCUGGUUCCACACCUCCACAACCUUCACGAGGAGGUCUUCAGCACCGCCACAACCCGGCUGCCUCCAGGGACGGCCCGAACGCCUCACUGGAAGGGCCAGGGGCCCCGUACGACACGGCAUCCCAUCCCAACCUUCCCGUCAGAACUAGACCCAGAUAGUUCGGAGCAGCCUCGAUUUCCUCCCUUCCCGAGCGACACCCGGGACUACUCAACAGAACUGAGUGUGACAGUGGCUGUCGGCGCUUCGCUUCUCUUCCUUAACAUCCUCGCCUUCGCCGCGCUUUACUACAAACGUGACAAACGGCAUGAAAUGCGACGGCACCGGUUGUCUCCGCAACGAGGUGUACCUGCUAAUGAUUUAGCACACAGCCAGGAAGAAGAGAUCAUGUCCCUGCAAAUGAAGCACUCGGAGCAUGACGCCCACCACGACAUGGAGCCAUUGCGACCGCAUGAUAUUUUACGUCCCGCAUGCCCACCCGACUACACGUUGGCGCUACGGCGGGCUCCCGACGAUGUUCCGCUCAUGACCCCAAAUACCAUCACCAUGAUCCCUAGCACCAUCACAGGCAUGCAGCCCCUCCAUGCCUUCAACACCUUCCCCACAUCCACCGGGCACAACAACACCUUACCCCACCCCCACUCCACCACUCGUGUAUAGUAGCACCACCCGAACGAGAGGACUAGCUCUCAAACGUAUCCAGUUUUCUCUCUCUGUCCACCUUUUCAAGCUCCUAAACUUACAGUUCUGCUGUCAAGAGCAGCGACAGCGCAUCUGUUGAAGUUCUCAUAAACUAAAUCAGAGGUUUCGUAGACGUUGUACACACUAGAGGAGCUCUGUUCAUAGACUCUACGACAAGCAGCAGAUCUGGCAAGUCAUGGGCUUCGUUCUGGAUUCAACUUGAGGGUUGUUGUUAAAGAAGAGGGGCAAUUUAUGGAGGCACAGAAGCUGGUCUGAUGUUAUGAGGGGAAUGAGGACGUUUUCCCACUCUUCGCCUCUUACUAAAUUGGCAGAGGGCAGAUUUCAUCCAUGCUUUUCUUUCAAUCGUCACUCUUUGUUAUGCCAUCAUUAGCCCAUCGGUCUCUCUGUCCGAUUGUGAUCUUGUGUUUUACAUGAAUCGUAGGGGCAUUCGAUAAACAACUGACGCUGGAUAUGUUGUGUUUACCUGCAGUCUUGUGUCAAGUAUUAUAUCACACCUUGUAACAAUAGAAUGAGAGAAAUUGACAGAAGAUGAAAGCAAAAGUGCCAACCUCCUCUCUUUCUCUCGCUUUCGCUCUGCUCUGUUUGCCAUUUCAUCAAGCAUAUAUGAGUUGGCUAUGUGUUGUUUCUUAGAAAGAUUUUUGUAUGUAUAAAUAUAAAGACAAAUAUAUAAAAGAAUGAUAUAAAUAUAUAUAUAUAUUUACAUGGAUUGCUCGGUGGGAUCUAUGCAUGAAAUAUUUUAAAGCACCAAGAAGGACACUGGGCUGUAAACUCCCACGGCAUUUUUCUUAUUUACUGUUUUUUUUUCUAGUUUGCUUGCUUAAAAUGGCUUCAACAACCUUCUCCAUGGUUUUAUUUAUCAAAAUGUAUCAUCCUCUUCGGUCUGACCACUCUAAAGGACAGUGUCCACUCUUCCAGAGCUAUUGGAAAUAUUCUUUUUAUGAAGUUUGAAAUCUUCACAUCCAGUAGUUGAUGCUGUUAAUUGACCAUCAAACACGUAGUGCUCAAUCACAGUUGUUCAGGAUGGUCUGAACAUAAUUACUCCAAAUUUCAAAUCCACAUUUAGUUUUGCAUCUCUCACUUUAUCACAGAGACAAAUACAAAUGAUACUCUUAAGGUCGGGACACAUCAAGGCAACAUUCAGCCAUUGGGCAACAUUAGCCCUUCGCUGAGCAGCGGUCAGGUUAGGUUGUUUGAUGUGUGCCACACUUUGCCUCUCGUUGGGCUCACGUCAGAGGGAGUUUGUCUUGUUAUGUCCCAGGACGUUUUUGUUUCUGUUUUGUAUUUUCUUUCUUUCUCUGCUCUACUCUAGUAGGAGAUAAUGACCAAACCCUGCUGCCACUUACAAACUGCUUCAGCAUGUAGAAAGAGAGCAGUCUGAUUGGUUGUUCAGCUAUGAAUCAGAGGACGAGAAAAAAAACGGAAAGGACAAAACCACACAAUUCAAGAGGGAACAAAGAAGCAGGCUGCUAUUACAUCAAACUUCUUAAAUAUUUGCAGAUGAUAUGGAUUAUCAGUUUCCCAGUACUUGGUUGCAGCUGGAAGGACAUCUGCUGUGUUAAACAUAUGCUGAAAUAUUUGGCGGUUUAUUCCGCUGUGGCAACCUCUGAAAUAGAGACUAAGCUGAAGGAAAAUGGAAAAAAAUGAAUAGAUUAUUAGAUUAUCAGACAUAUUUGGCGAAGUGAAUGCCUCUGUAGUGAGCGAGAAGUAUUGCAAAAAAAUACGUGCAGCACUAGUUCUAGUUUCCCUUUGAGGAACAACAGUAUAGAAUACUGCCACCUGCAGGUUUGGAAAGAUAAAUCCUCUCAAGGAUUCACAGAAUGUAUAAUUUUAGUCUGCUGUCAUCCAUUUGGUGUGUUUACAUGCAGCUAUUUGGUCCAGACGGGACCAGAUGCAACCAAUGUGAGGUGAGAGCACAGUUUUUUUCAUCGCUAGUUCUUGAUGUCGGCUUGGUGUGUCCUGGGCCUAACACUUCAGUCCUUCUCUCUCUUUCUCUGCCUCUCUAAUUCAAUAUCGGUCCUUUGCUUUUUCAAUUCAACAUAAUAUAGUACUUGCCCAAAUUUCAAGAGGUGUUAAUGUGAAUGUGUGAGAUAACCGUAUAUGUGACUGAGAUGCACAAAGAGCGAGAAACUUUGGUUAAUCACCCAAAAAAUCCAAAACACCUUGACACUAUCAUUCCUUCUGGAAGACCUACACGGCUUUAUGCCAUUUUACAUACAAAGCAGUUGUGUGUUGAGGCUUGUAACAUCACUUUGAUGUGGUUUCCCACAUCUCUGCAUAUCCCACAUCUCUCCGCACUGCACACUUGACCUUAUUAGGUUUUGACAAGCACAGCAAAAAGAGGUGGCAGCAAACCAGACAAAUGUUAUAUAUUGUUAGACAGUUUCAUGUUCAGGUUCAAGAAGGAAUGGCUCAGAAUCGCUGGACAUUAACACACUCACUUCUAUUCUGUUCAUGCCUUGUUAGUAUUAUUUUCUGCCACGGCUCCAUGCCAGAGGACGAUGAUGACGGUUUGUGCAAGAAAGUGCGUUUGUCUCACUGUUGGCUCAGUUUGCCGGUGUAUUAAGUCUGGAGUGUUACUGGAGGACUUGCAAAAACUACUGUCAGCAAUGCUCCACAUGAACAAUGAACACACUCUAGUGACACACUGGAGUUUCAGGAUGUCAUGCAAAUGUAUUCUCCAUUGUAGACUUAAAACCAAACAGACGCCAACAGCAACUGGACAAUAGACUGUACCAAGAUCCGCUUACCUUCUGGACAUCUGAGAUUGUAGAUUGGACCUGUGGAUAUGUACCAUCUGUGGACUUUUGUGUGGUUGUAGGUAAAACUGAACUCCAUUUUAAGCAAACUAUGAGGAGUUUACGACUAGAGCUGCGUACAACACAACCUCAAUUCUAAUAACCAAUACUGUUUUAAAGGAUGAGUUGAGACAGCUUUUUGUUAUUUCUCUUGUUUGUUUUUGUACGCUCAACCACUAGAGUGUGAUGUUGUGGUACAUCCAGAAUAAAGACUCUUCAUCCAUUAUGAGCCAUUCAUUGGGUCUUCAGUAGGCGUACAGCGAGAAGGAGAAAUAGAAAUUAACUGUACAUUUUUAAGUGUAAGAACAAAUCAACUGAAAAUAUUUGUAAAUAUUCAGUUACUUGUUUGUUUAAUGUUUAAUUCUUCUUCUUUUUUUUUCAAUUUUUUCUGGUCGAAUGAAAUAUGAAAUACACUGUGACCAGGACAACAGGUGCAAGUUGUAAUUCAGCCACCAGCAAAAUUAAGGAAUCUCAUUCGUAAGACUUUAAAUUCACUUUCUGCUGCUUCAUUUUGUUUUGGGAUCCGUGAAUGGAGACGGUUUUAUAUUUGAACAGAGAGAUUGUUUAUGUAGCAUAUCCAUGUCAUUUGAGCCAUCAUGGCUGGUCAUGUUUGUGCAUGAUUAGCUGUUCGUUUCACGUUUCAUAGAGAUGGACUGCAAAGGACACACUGAAACCACGAUGGUCAUGAGAAGUGUUUCAUCUGCUAUGAACUUGCUGUAGCAUUUAAUUCUUACCAAAAAUGUUGUCAAGAUUUAGAAAUAUUUAGUCAAAAGUAUUAUU